ACGUGCAUUCCCGAGGUAUAUAGCAAAGUUAUUAGAUGAUUGUCCUUUUUCCCACAUAAUUGAGAUAUCAAAAGUAAUAUUAUACCCUCUAUUUAAUAAACAAUUUGGCACAAUUACCCUUCACUUUCUAACUACACACUAAUUUCCAUACCUAUAUUAAUGUUAAGGGUGAUAUGGGAAUUAAAAAAUAUAGUUGUCCAAACAUUAAUGAAUGGGACCCACAUUUGAAGUAAAAUGUCGUGUGCUGUUUAUUUUUUUUCUUACCACAUAAAUUUCGCACAAUACUCUUCUAUCAAUUCAAUCCUUCUCUUUCUAAAUUCUAGCCAUUGUUUUGCAGAACGAAUUCUCCCCAAAAUCUUGUUUUCUCUGAAAAAAAAAGGUCGUCCUUCUACCAUUAUUCGCUUUUGCCUUUAGCCUAAUUCGUAUUUUCUCGUCAUCAAUAGUGGAGAAGAAAAUUCUAGAAGUUGCAACAAUUAUUUUGGUUUUCCUUUGUUUGUAGAUGAAAAUCUAGCUGGGUUCGUCUUCCUUUAGCUCCAUAUAAGAGGUGAAGAUCUUUUCCCCAUGGAUUCUUCGAACAUUGAUAGUACUUCUCAAAAUGCAACUGAAUCGUAUGCUGCUUUUAUUCGCCAACAACAAAACUAAAGACAGGCGAAUAGGAGGAAUCGAGUUCAAAGCCCACGCGUUGAUCGUCGUAAAAGAAUAAAUAAUUCCACGUUGCAUCCUAAUUUUCAGGCUUCUACUUCAAAUCAAGCACGUACUAAUAUUGUUCAUUCUAAAGUACGAGGGAUUUCUAACCUAUUAAACAUACCUACUAAUGCAUAUGUAUUACCGACAUGGAACAAUUGUGAACAUUGUGGUGCGCGAAAAUUUUAUAGAGAAACUAAAGGGUUCUGUUGCUCUGAUGGAAAAGUUAAAUUUUAUAUGCCUGAUUCACCAACUGAAUUGUAUAAUUUAUUUACUUCUAAAGAACCUGAAUGCAUGGAGUUUAAGAAAAUUUCACGUGGAUAUAAUAACCAUUUUGCAUUCACUUCAUUUGGUGUAAAGUGCGAUAUAGACCUUUUAAGAGCGUAUAAAGGUAUUUACACAUUCAUAAUUCAGGGACAAGUAUAUCAUUAUGUAAAUCAACUUCUGCCGAAAAAUAAUCAGCCUUCUUAUAUGCAAUUAUAUUUUUAUGAUACGAAUAACGAAGUUGAAAAUCGUAUGAAAAUUUCAGAAAAUUUUGUUGAAUCUACUUUGAUCAUUUUGAUUGAAAUCUUGAAAGUAAAUCCGUAUACUAGAUUCUUUAGGUCUUUAAGUAAUAUGACCAAUUUGCACGACCAUCGAAUACAAAUAAGAUGCGAUCCUGGACUUGAUCAAAGAGUCUUCAAUACUCCUUCAGCAUCUCAAGUAGCCGCUGUAUGGGUUGAGGAUGAUGACAAUGCAAAUAUGUGUGUUCGUGAUAUUACUAUAUAUGGUCAUUCUGGUGAUUCACAUAAGGUUCACUAUUAUUAUGGUUGUUAUGAUCCUUUGCAAUACCCUUUACUUUUCCCAUUUGGAGAACCUGGUUGGCAUGAAGGUAUUCAGAGAUACAAAAAAACAUAUUUUGAAACUCAGAAUUUACCCGAUUGCGUAGCUUUUCCUAGCACAGUAAAUUUUGCAACUGAAAUCAUUGCAAAAGAGGCUCAAGUAUUCAAUGGAAUGAGGAAACGAUCACAGGUUUCUUGCCGCGAGUACUAUUCUUACAAGUUACAAAUUAGGCCUUCUAGUAAGUCUGUGUUGCUUCAUACUGGUAGACUUUUUCAACAAUAUGUUGUAGAUAUGUAUGUUAAAAUUGAAACUGCCAGAUUAGACUAUUUUCGUAGCAAUCAGAAACAAAUUCGUGCUGAACUUUAUCAAGGUAUUGUGGAUAGUGUUCAAAAUGGGGAAACAAGAGGGUCAAAAAUUGGAAAGAAGAUUGUUCUACCACAAACUUUCACAUGUGGGCCUAGAGAUAUGCUUAAAAGAUAUUUAGAUGCAAUGGCUAUCGUCCAACGUUAUGGAAAACCAGAUAUAUUUCUAACUAUAACAUGUAAUUCAAAUUGGCCAAAAAUUAUGUAAGAACUCAAACACAAUGACGAAGUUCAAAAUCGACCAGAUUUAAUUGCACGUAUAUUUAGAGCAAAAUUGGAAGAGUUAAAGAACGAUUUAUACAAAGAAAAUAUUUUUGGUUCAGUUGUUGCUCAUAUAUACAUGAUUGAAUUUCAAAAAAGAGGGCUCCCUCAUGCCCAUUUAUUAUUGAUUUUCAAUUCUGCCCAUAAAAUUUGUUGUGCUGAACAAGUUGAUAUGAUAGUGUCAUGUGAAAUUCCCGAUAAGAAUAAAUACUUGCAUCUUCAUUCUGUAAUUGCAAAACACAAUAUGCAUGGCCCUUGUGGAAACCUUAAUCCAAAAAACGUAUGUAUGUUGGCAAGUAGUGGUUGUAAAAAUAAAUAUCCUAAGGAUUAUUGUAACAGUACUAUAUUUGGUGAUAAUUCAUAUCCCUUGUAUA